CUUUCGAUGGCAGUGGGAAGAUGACGAUGGAAUGAUCGGUGCAUUCUGCAAUUCUUCGCUUGGUGAGCGUGAUGGAGGCGAUGGCAAUGCUGCUCCAAGAACCUGUGCGAGAGCCCGACACAGAGACUGCUCUCGCAGCCACUUUGCCUGGGAAAAUCGUGGUGGCGGCUGACGUCGUGGACGAGGCGUUGGUCGUCUGCCAAGUGUGCUUUGACGCUGUCCGUUCGAGCGAAUCCAUCACGCAGAUCUGCCAGGACUCGUGCCAUGGCGUGAUGUGUGCCGAGUGCAUGUCGUCGUAUUUGCGAGUGUGCGCGGAGUCAGCGCCCAAUGCGAUCGUGUCGCGGUUCCUCUGCCCGAUCUGUGUCCGUCCACUCAACAUGCAGCGCUUGAUCAGCACCAUCAAUACAUGCGUCAACGAAUCGGACAUUCGCGCGCAUGAAGUCGCGUUCCGUCGCCGCGUCGAAGCAUCGUGCGAAAUGCUCUGUCCCUCGUGCCACAACACAACCAACCUCCUCACGAACGCCCCCAACGUUGACGCUGCCAUCGACAACAAAAUGCACCGAACCGAAUGGCCUUCCGACUUUCACUUGACCUUUCCCGACGUUCCAGACGAGGUCAUUGCGACCUGUGUGCGGUAUUGCAACCACGACAUGACUGCCGAUGCCCUCCUGGCACACCUCGAACAAGCGGUCGGGCGCGACACCUACAUUGACUUUGCACAGUCUCUCUGGUGGUACAUGUACGACCCCGAGCGCCGCGCCUCGCUGUUCCUGGCCGCCGCGAAGCAUGAUCCGUUUGAAGUGACUCCGUGCUGUGACGCCGACGUGUGCUUUGUGUGUAAACGAGCGGGAACUCACGCUGGGCAGCCCUGCUCGGCAUACUUGCCCGAGAUCGACGACAUGGCUCAGUGCCCUGGGUGCGAUCUCAUGCUCGUCAAAGGCGACGGGUGCAAUGCCAUCACGUGCUUUUGUGGUACGUGUUUUGAGUGGGACGCCCAAGUGAUCCACUACCGCCUCAAGGCGCGCACCGUCCACGUGCUCGCGUCGCACCGCCCUGCAUUUGAAGCGGUUGCCGCGUUCUUGCGGCGCCGUGUGUGGCAGCGCAAGUACUCGAUCUUUGUUGUCGGCCAAAUUCCCAUGUUCGUCCUGCACCAGCGCAUCACAAACCUCGCGCCGGUCCUGUUUUACCCGCCGUGGAGCACAUCGUUUCGCACGCAUCUCGAGGCUUUCAUGGCUCGUCGGCGAGUGAUCAAGGAGACAGCGGCCCGGCGGCGCGACAUCCAACUCCUCGUGACCACCGACCUUCCUCAGCGGGUGCAAGAGCUGCGUCUCGUCCGCCUGCGAUACGCCGUCACGCAACCCGGCUCUGUCUGGCGCACGUCAUUCAAGGCGUGUGUGGUUCGAAAACUCUUUUGCCUGCGGUUUGCCAAACAGAUGCAGAGUGUGCCGCCGAUGGCUGUGGGGCGGUGUGCAGAGCAAUCGAGCGGGCUGCCCAGUCGCGCAUCCCUGCUCUCGUCGCUGCGUGAUCCGUCUGCUCUCGUUCGUUUAAAAUCACGGCAGACGCAAGACCCCACUGGCCGACCUCGAUCCUUGUCUGUCGGAUGUAGUGGUUCGAAUGCAUAACUUACAACACGUCUCCACCGAGCUGCGAUCGA